GAAUCCAGCUUAUUUAUGGGUGUUACUUUUGUGCAGGUAACCUAAUAACGUUUCCGUAAAAAAAAAGAACAAACUUAGAAGUUGGUUUUAUAUUCGAUAUUCGCCCUUAGCAAAAAGUAGUUUAUUCAACUGUACUACGAGUAUACUUAUUUUGUACUGAAACUGAGUCGGUAUACUUAAAGUUUACUUUUUAUAUACUAUAUAUUAUAUACUUAAGAAUAGUAUAGUGAAGUAUAUUUCACUUAUACUAAGUAUAAAGAAAAGUCUAAGUGCAUUAAUACUUACACUUAUACUUUAAUACUAAAGCUUAUACUUAAGUAUACUUUACCUCUCAACAUUCUGUCUCGUGAUUUUGUAAAUACUUUGCAGUUUAGUGUACAUACAUACAUCCAUCCAUUUCCCAAACCACUUAUCCUACUGGGUCACGGGGGUCCGGAGCCUAUCGCGGAAGCAAUGGGCACGAGGCAUGGAACAACCCAGGAUGGGGGGCCAGCCCAUCGCAGGGCACACUCACACACCAUUCACCCACGCAUGCACACCUACAGGCAAUUUAGUAACUCCAAUUAGCCUCAGCAUGUUUUUAGACUGUGGGGGGAAACCGGAGUACCCGGAGGAAACCCCACGAGGACAUGGGGAGAACAUGCAAACUCCACACACAUGUGACCCAGGUGUACACUCGAACCCGGGUCCCAGAGGUGUGAGGCAACAGUGCAAACCACUGCACCACCAUGCCACCCCUAGUAUACAUAUAGUAUGAGUUAAAUUUAAGAAUACUUAAAUUAUCGCAUGUUGAUUGGAUUGUAAAUGAAGGUGUAAUUACAAUUUAUCCAAUUGAAAUAUUUAUUAAGGUUAUAGGUCACAUACAAGUGGUGUUUUGGAAAGUAAAUAGGUGUGAAAAUUUUCUGAAGAGUGAAAGGCCGUUUAUUCCAUGAUUUGAUGUUAGUAUGUUGCAAUUUGAAGAUUCGGGGUAUUCAUACUCCGUUACAUUACAUUACAUUACACACUUCUCGCUACUUUUAAAUAAUUUAUUAAAAUUUUAUUCGCAUGCUGGCGCAACUCGGCUGGGCAUCUCACCAUGACCACGCCCCUGCCUGUUUGCCUGCCAAGAACUACAUUAUGGGAAUGCACAUAGCUAAAUAGGGAAAUACCGGUGAUCUGUUGAAUUCUGCUACCCCAAUGCAAAUAACACAGCAAACAAGGAGAGACUCCAUUGGGGCAGACUCAAACCCAGUCCUAACCUUGACCUUUUACAAGUCAAGAAGCACAACUCGAUUGUCGAUUGGUAGCAUGGUUCGACAUGGUAUUCCACAAAAUGGGUUUAAAAUGUUACCUUAUUCUUAAUAUAGCUCCUUCUUGUUAAAAUGUAUCUUUUGUUGCUGUAGUUUGCUGUAAUAUUGUGUUCAAUAAGGAUCUUUGCUUGUAGUGGUUUAGGUAACUCUUAGAUAGUUCACUAUAACAGUACAGUGGAACCUCUGAAUCUGUUGCUUUGGUAACCAUGGUCUCAGUGUAAUCUAUAAAUUCAAUUUUAUCAUAGGUAUGUAAGUAAAUGGAAAACGAGUAAUUUAUAGUGUUCACUACUAUUCAUGGUUUCAGAUCUCUAUGGCAGGUCUUGGAACGUGUACCCUGUGGGUACGGGUGCACUGCUGUGUUUAACACGACAGUUUGCUAACACUAACAUCUGAUAACGGCAUGUGUUUGAUUGAUGGAGUUGUCUACAGUAUGUAGAAAUAAAGUCUGUCGAUUCCAAAAAGUGAAGCAAUCCCUUGCCAAUUAAAUCUCAAUUCCAAACAGUGGUUAAUUUGUUCUGCUUUUAAUUCGUACCUUGAGCGACCAGACAGGUUACUAUGAAUUUUGCAGGAACAAUCUGAGUCACCCUUUCUAUGGAUCUUUGGCCUCAAAAUCCUUGUAAAAUGACUCAAUCAUGAUAUAAGGACUCUAGUACAGCGUUACAUUCUCUCUGUUUGGUUAAUUCCCCAUGACAGAUGACAUUGCACAUGGAUCGAAUGGUUCUCAAGUUCAACAAAAUGUCUGUCCAGAGGCUUGUCCUGUAUGCAUUCAAAACAGUGCAAUAUGUGGAUGCCACACCUACAACAUGGCAAAACUCUUCAGGAUCCUAGCUGGCAGCCCCCCAGGCAGACACAUGGUCCAGUCCUACCCUCCGGAAAUGACUGUCCAUCUACCAUAGCCAGGUGUUGCGCAGGCAUCCCCUCAGCCUGGUCCAGCCUGACAGAUCCUCAGCAACGAGGAUCUUGCGAGCCAGGUCAUCCUCAGGGAAAUGCACCACAUGGCUGUAACUGACGCUUCCUCAUAAUGCGCGUAAUACGUCUCAUUCAGGACUACUCUAGCAACCGCUCAGUUGACACAGUCAAACCAGCGGUACCCAAGGAUUCUCUGAAGAGACACAGUACCAAAGGAGUCCAGUCUUCGUCUCAGGUCACUGGGUAGCGUCCACAUCUCACAGCCAUACAGCAAGACAGGGAGCACCAGGACUCUAAAGACUUGGACCUUCGUCCUAUUGCAAAGAUAUUGAGAUCGCAACACACCCUUUUCUAGCAACCUCAUGACCCCCCAAGCUCCCCAGUCGGUCUGUUGACUGUAUAAGAAGAGUCAUCAGAGACAUGAAUGUCGCUGGCGAGAUAAGUCGACACCUUUCCCACAGACAGACACACUACUGAUGGCUGUGCCUAAGAAAUUAUUAAAGGCCUAAAUCUUGCUUUUUAUCUAGAACAUUCACAAUCCCAGACACUGACUCUUCGCUCAGUCUCUCAAGAGCCCCGAUCAGAACCACCAUUGACUCCACGAAGAUCACACCAUCAUUGAUGAAGCCAGUAAAACUUUUUUCACCAACAGAUGCCCCACAACCCCUUGGCCCACAGAACUCUGCCCAACAACCAGUCCAUACAAGCAUUUAACAGAGCAGGAGCAAGAACACACCCCAGGGGAACCCCAGAAUCAACUGGGAAGAACACGGAGGUUCUCCCUCCACUCUGCACAGCACUCACUGUACCAGUGUGCAGGCUGGCCAUGAUGUCCAACAUUUUCAGGGGGAUGCCGCAAAGUCUUAGGAUGUCCCACAGGGUAACUUGAUCAACUGAGUCAAAUGCUUUAUGAAAAUCAGAGAAGGCUGCAAAGAACCUCUGCCGAUAUUUGUGCUUAUGCUCAGUGAGAACCCUCAGUGCAAGGAUGCAGUCGAUAGUAGACUUCCUAAGCGUAAAACCAGACUGCUCUGGCCGCACCCAAGUUCCUCAAACAAACUGCCUGCAAACUCAUCAGAAACAGCUUGAUGUUGGAGUCUGGCUAAGUCAAGCCUUAUUCUCUAUAGCCUAUUGGAUCUAAGCUGAAUCUUCAGAGUAGAAGGAACAAGUCUGCGGUCAGUAUUCACAAACUGGGCACAUCUGUCGACCAGUUCUUCAGGACCCUCCAGCGUCUGCCGACGAGGAUGUGAUCAGUCUUCUUCACCACACCACCAGGAUUGGAGUACCUAGUCCAACAAUGUGGCUCAGGGCAUUGGAACCAGGAUCCAGCACCCUGCAGCCCCUAACCUUUCCCAAAGUCAAGAAUCAUGGAGCCACUCUCACCCAAUUCUCCAGACCCAGGGGGACCAGCACAAUCCUCAUAGCCAGCCCUGUCAGUGCUUGUGAUCGCACUGAAGUCACCCAUGACCAGAAGCUUACCUCAGAGAGCGUCGCCACCAAAAUGUGGAGUUUGCAAAGCUCCCCCAACAGCAGAGGAAGAUGGUCAUAUUGCCGGAGAGACAAGGCAUUCCACGUGCCGCAAAUUGGGACCCAAGUGUCGCCAUGCAGCACCACACCACCCCUGAUCCCCAACAGGCCGACCCUAUUAGCUCACUGACGGUUUAGGCUCUUGCAGGGAUGAGGAUCCUGAAGGCUUCCCCCCAUCCCCUUCAAAAUGUGUGCAGCCUUCCUGUUGGUGACUACAGAAGGGCAUCAUGCCUGGUUAGACUGAGCUGCUGUGAAGAGGGGCAGAUAUCCGUGAGUUUUCUAGGCCUAUGACUGGGCCAGCCCUUGUCCCCCUGAUUGAUGCCAUUGAAGCUGGAGAGAAGCCUGUGGUGGCUGCCAUUGAGGGAAUGGCACUUGGCGGCGGCUUAGAGUUGGCUCUGGGGUGUCACUACCGUAUUGCCCACUCGAAGGCGCAGCUUGGACUUCCAGAGGUGACCUUGGGCCUCAUUCCUGCUGCAGGAGGAACACAGCGCCUUCCCAGGCUCAUAGGUUUUCCUGCAGCUCUUGACUUGAUUAUCACAGGGCGGCGUGUGUCAGCUGGAGACGCCCUGAAACUGGGCAUCGUAGACCAGGUGACAGAAAGAAAUGCUGGUGAGGUGGCAGUGGCCUUCGCUCGAAGUGUAGCUGAUCGUCCACUGGUCUCAUGCCGCCUCAGCACAUGGCCACACUUGUGUCCUGCAGACCUGGACAACAUAUUACAGAUGGCGCUGGCGAAAGCAUGGCAGCGUGGCCGAGGCGCCCUGGCACCCGUGGCCUGUGUGAAAGCAGUACAGGCAGCUAGGCUGCCGUAUAGCCAGGGCAUGGAGCAAGAACAGGAGCUGAUGUCCAUGCUGUUUGCUUCUCCUCAGGCUCGUGCCCUGCAGUACUGUUUUUUUUCCCAAAGGGCCGUGGGCAAGUGGAGCAUGCCUAAUGGGGCCUGCUGGAACAACAGCACCGCUAGACCCAUCCGCAAGGCCGCAGUCAUCGGUUUGGGAACCAUGGGGAGGGGCAUUGCCGUCUGCCUGGUUCUGGCAGGUAUUCCUGUCAUUGCCAUAGAAACAGAUGAGAAGCAGCUGGAGGCUGCAAGGAGGGUGGUGAUGGCACUGUUGGAGAAGGAGGUACAGAAAUUGCCUUUGGGGUCGCACCUGGGGCUGAUCCACUUCACGUCAGAGCAACGAUACCUGCGUGAGGUGGACUUGGUCAUUGAGGCUAUAUUUGAGGACCUGGCUCUAAAGAAACAGCUGUUUGCCGAGCUAUCGUCUGUGUGCCAUCCAGAUACCCUUCUGUGCACCAAUACCUCGCACCUAGAUGUGGACCAGCUUGCUACUGUCACCAGCAGACCAGAUCUGGUGAUAGGAAUGCAUUUCUUUGCCCCGGCAAACAAGAUGAAGUUGCUGGAAGUGGUAUUCACAAGCCGCUCCUCCCCUGAGGCUGUGGCUACAGCCAUGCAGCUGGGGAAGUCGCUGGGGAAGGUUAGUGUCGCUGUUGCCAACUGCCCUGGCUUUGUCGGGAACCGCAUGCUCAGGCCUUACGUAGAACAGGCCAGCUUCUUGCUAGAGGAGGGUGCUACCCCUGAGCAGGUAGAUAACGCCCUGGAGCAUUUUGGGCUUGCCAUGGGUGCCUUCCGUAUGUCUGACCUCUCAGGGCUGGACGUGGGCUGGAAGGUGCGCAAAGCAGCAGGACUUGCAGGUCCUGGAGUGCCCCAAGGGCGGGUGACACGGCAGGGGUACAGAUAUAGCCCCUUGGCUGACCUCAUCUGUGAGAAAGGUCGUCUGGGCCAGAAGACGGGUCGCGGCUGGUACCUGUAUGAAGGCCCAGGGGGACGUGUGGCAUUCCCAGAUCCCUGGAUGCACGCCUUCCUGGAAGAAUACCGCCGAGUGCAUGGGCUGCAGCCACGUAGCAUAGGCCAGCAGGAGGUGCUGGAACGCUGCCUGUUUGCUCUUAUCAACGAGGGUUUUCGUGUGCUGGAGGACGGCAUUGUCAUGGACCCUGUAGCACUGGAUGUCAUCUAUGUCUUGGGUUAUGGCUGGCCAGCCCACACGGGGGGACCCAUGUACUAUGCUGGGGAAGUUGGGCUGCCAAAGGUCCUAGGGAGGUUGGAAUACUACCAGCGGUUACAUCCAGACAUCCCACACCUGAGGCCCAGUGCCUUGCUGAGACAGCUGGUGGCCAAGGGGAGUCCCCCAAUCCACAAGUGGAGGGGGCACGUUGAGAAGGGGUCCAGCCGCCUAUGAGCCCUAGACAAACCGGGGCAACUCCUGAAUAAAACAUAAAUUUCUACACCCUAUUACCCUUAAUAAUCACAAUAAAGUAGUAACUGUAAAAAGGUCUUUUAUUUUCGUAAAUACAUUUUACUUAUACUGGUGCAAUGAUGGCGUCUGACCACCAGGAGCCUUUCAUGGCUUUUUUGAUAAAGCUCCUUUGUGCACAUUAACAGGGCUCGCAUUGAUUGCAUAUAAACCACGUCAUACACAUGCGUCUAGUAUUGCCAUAAAUAAGUCAUCAUGGCAGAGUGGAAGAAACUGAGUUAUUUGUCAGUAUUUUUUUCAAAAUUGUUGUAAGACUGAUUAAGAAAAGGUGCAUUAUAAUUUAACAUGCAACAAACAGACUCAGACAUGAUAGUCACAGUUGUCUAGUUGGUAGUCUUACUGCACUAAAGUCACUGACCUGUAGGCAGUAUUCUGUUUGGGAUGUCAGAUAAUAAAGCAGUUGAUGCUGAAAA